GCUAUGAAAAGGUAGUGGGACGAAUCUGCUCAGGACAAUAUCCUAGGUGGCUUGAUGAUGGAACAGUGGCAGUGGGUUUGGCUCCUGAUAAUCUGCAUGGGCAUAGUGGAUCCUUUGGACCAGUUUCGGACUGUGUUGGACCAUUAGUUCCCACUGGGAAUAUUGAUCUUGCCAAAUUGCGAAAGUUCGACUUUGACGAAUGCUUCCUGACUGAAGCUGCUACAAGUAACGCCCGGAGUCGGUCAAAAAUUGAAGUUGGGGACAUAGUACGAAUUCGAAACGUGAAGGGGACCAGAAUCGUCAUAUCUCGAACUCCUACUGGUUUUUGGACGGUUGGUUUUGGUGGUCAACUGUACGUGGAAUCAAGUGAAGUUGUACUUGCUUCUGAAACUUUUUGUCUGAGGGAUGAGUG